GCCUUUCUGCGUUUCCAGGGUAACGGGUAAUUAGCUGUCUGUCUCUGGGAGAAGGCUGCGUUGGCGCUGGGCCGCCGGGUGGGGUGGGAGAGGCUGGGACCGCGGCCCCUCCGGCCGGGGGGGUGGGGUCAGUCCCUGGGCCGUGCCGGCGGAGUCGCCCCCGAGCCUGGUGCCAUGGAGCUGCAACUGGCCCGCGUGGAUUAUUUGCAGGUGGGAGUGACAUCUCAGAAGACCAUGAAGCUUCUCCCUGCAUCAAGAUAUAGGGCAAUGCAGAAGGUUGUCAUUGGAGAUCAUGAUGGUGUUGUUACAUGUUUUGGCAUCAAAAAAGGGGAAGCUAUGCCAGUGUUCAAGACACUGCCAGGGCAAAGGAUCACAAGGCUGGAGCUGGGAGGAGCUCUUAAUACGCCACAGGAGAAAAUUUUUGUGGCUACAGGAUCAGAGGUUAGAGGUUUCACAAAGAGAGGGAAGCAGUUCCUUUCAUUUGAAACUAACCUCACUGAAAACAUCAAAGCUAUGCAUAUAUCGGGAGCAGAUCUCUUUCUUUGUGCAAGCUAUAUCUAUAACCAUUACUGUGACUGCAAGGACCAGCACUACUACCUGUCAGGAGAUAAAAUCAAUGAUGUCCUCUGUCUUCCAGUGGAGAAACUGUCUUGCAUUAGACCAAUAUUGGCAUGCCAGGAUAGAGUCCUUAGAGUUUUACAGGGGUCUGAUUUGCUAUAUGAAGUGGAAGUUUCUGGACCACCUACUGUUCUUGCUUUAAACAAUGGAAAUGGUGGUGAUUCUGGAGAAGAACUUCUGUUUGGAACAUCUGAUGGGAAACUUGGUCUCAUUGAGGUUUCAAGUGCCUCUCCAGUACAUAAGUGGGAAAUCAGAAAUGAGAAGAAGAGAGGAGGUAUCUUAUGUAUUGAUAACUUUGACAUUCUGGGUGAUGGAGUUAAAGAAUUACUUGUUGGCCGAGAUGAUGGUAUGUUAGAAAUCUAUAACUUCGACUGCACAAAUGAGCCUGUCCUUCGAUAUGACCAUGCCUUGUCAGAGAGCAUCACAUCUAUCCAGGGCGGCUGUGUAGGAAAGGAUGGGUAUGAUGAAAUCUUAGCAUCCACAUAUUCAGGAUGGGUGACAGGACUGACUACAGAGCCUGUCCAUAGGGAAGGUGGAUCUGGUGAAGAACUAAAGAUAAGCCAAGAGAUGCAGAACAAGAUUUCAUCCUUAAGGAAUGAGUUGGAACAUUUACAGAUAAAGGUAUUGCAAGAACGUGAAAAAUACCAGCAGUCUUCUCGGUCUAGUACUGCUCUUUCAGCAGUACCUGCAUUUAGUGUGAAUGACAAGUUUACAUUAAAUAAGGAUGAUGCCAGCUACAGUCUUAUCUUAGAGGUGCAGACAGCGAUAGAUAAUGUCUUGGUACAGAGUGAUGUCCCAAUAGACCUACUGGAUGUGGAUAAAAAUUCUGCUGUUGUUAGUUUUAGUGGCUGUGAUUCUGAACCAAACAGCAACUUUCUCCUUGCCACUUACCGAUGCCAAGCAAAUACUACUAGACUGGAGCUUAAGAUUCGAUCAAUUGAAGGCCAGUAUGGGACACUGCAAGCAUAUGUAACCCCAAGAAUUCAACCGAAAACCUGCCAACUUUGUCAAUAUCCAAUUAAACCACUUUCACUUCAUCAAAGAACUCACUUUAUUGAUCAUGACAGACCCAUGAACACACUGAUGCUUAAAGGCCACUUCAGUUUUGCUGAAAUUCACUCCUGGGUUGUGUUUUGCUUGCCUGAAGUUCCUGAAAAAACUCCAGUAGGAGAUAGUGUUACUUUCUACUUUCAGAACACCUUCCUGGAUACACAGCUUGAAAGUACUUACAGAAAAGGGGAGGGAUUUUUCAAAUCUGACAACAUUUCUACCAUAUCCAUUCUAAAAGAUGUGCUCUCUAAAGAAGCCACCAAAAGGAAAAUUAAUCUCAAUAUAUCCUAUGAUAUAAACGAAGCAUCUGUGAACCACACAUUAAAACUAAUCCACCCGAAACUAGAAUAUCAGCUUCUGUUGGCCAAGAAAGUUCAGUUAAUAGAUGCUCUAAAAGAGUUGCAGGUUCAUGAGGGAAACAUGGACUUCCUGAUACCAGAGUACCGCUGCAUUUUAGAGGAAUCAGACCACCUUCUUGAAGAGUACAAGAAACAACCUGCACAUCUUGAGAGACUUUAUGGCAUGAUUACAGAUCUCUUCAUUGAUAAAUUUAAAUUUAAAGGCACAAAUGUGAAAACCAAAGUUCCUCUUCUUCUGGAAAUUUUGGACAGUUAUGACCAAAAUGCACUGAUAGCAUUCUUCGAUGCUGCUGCCUAAACUAGAAGAAAUGAUAUACUGGGACAGUUCUUACUGAUGUGAACCAGGACAAUCGGAUAUUGAAUAUUUUUAAUUUACAUUAUUUUAGUAUCUUUGCUUUAUAUGUAUCUAACGUUUUGCUGUGUUGAUAGUUCUAUAAUGUGGUCCUGUACUUGUAUUUAUUACAGUAUGUUCAGAAUUUGAGCUGAAGAUAACUGUAAAGCCUAUUGCAUAAAGUAUGUUUACUUGAAUACUGAUCAUAAUAGCUGAAGAAAACUGAUAGGAUCAGACUUAUUUUUAAAUUCUUUUAUUACUCUAGUUCAAUAGGACAUGGAAGAUCCUCUAGAACUCUUAGAACUGUGGAAACAAGUCUUUGUGGACUUGGCAUCUAAUAAAUAUAUUGGGGAAAUUAACAAUAGAAAUUUAUAGCUAUAUCAAACUGGGUAAAAUACUCACUGUAACCAGAGAGUGGUACAAUACUGUAAGUUAGCUGUAUGUUGUAUAUAUUAUAGAUAUUGAAGACAAUUUUGUAUGUAGGAAGGGAGAGAGGUACUCAGUUGCUUUAAAGGGUAAUUAGGUAUAUAAUUGUAUUGUUGUAUAAGCCAUCUAGUAAGUAUAAAAUUCUUAGGAAUGCAUAUAAAUUGUAUAUAGUCCCCUUAGAAUGGAUUGUUUUUUGCCUCCAUGCUGCUCCUAUGCCUGAAACGCUCACUGUCACAAUCUAUCAGGCGCUUACCCAGUGUGGUUCCCCCCCCCCCCUUCAAAACCCUCCCAAAAAUUAUGAAGUCCACAAUCUCUAACAUCUUUUAGUAACAAUGGCAUCUCCUAUCUAAGUAUUUUUGAGAGAGCACUUCUGUCCUAUGGAUUUAGAUGGUAAGCAUAUUAGGGCAGGAAGACAAACUACUUGUGUUGUACAGCAUCAAUCAUGCUGUCUAUGCUUAACAAAAACUAAAUCUAUUUUCAGUGUGAUAUUGCAUUUAAUUUACUCUUGCUUAAGUAGCCAAUACAGUUAUAGCAUACCCGAUGAUCCAGAGGCAGUCAUGGUGAACUGAGUCUCAUAGCAUCAUGGGGUGGUACCUAGGAGUGUUCCUCAUACCAUGUCAAAAUCUAAAUUUUCAUUUAGCAAACAAUUGUUUCUAGCCCUCAUGUUUGCCAGGAAAAGCUUGAAAAUGCAAGUCAGGUGUAACUGAUGCAGUGAUGUUUGCCAACAACUAAAUCAGCCAUUAGAGCCACAGAGGAAGCUGUCUUCCCUCAGCUGUCCUUCCCUCCCUUCCCCCAAGCAAGACAGGAUACUCCCCAUGGUUGGAAUUACACCCCUCUUGGAGCCACUUCUUUGCUCUGACCUAUUGCUGUUAUGGGCCAAGGGAAGAGCAUGAAUUAAGUUCUGGUAGUUUCUUGUGCUAUCCCCUUGGGCACCAAAAUUGUGCAAAUCUUCAUAUUAUGGUCAUUCCUCUCCUUUCUCCUAUGUUGUGAUUAGCAGUGAAAGAGUUAAAUAUUGACACUUGCUUUAAAGGUAUGUGUUAAAGGUUUGCCCUUAACAUGAAAUUAAAUCCCCUCCCAAAAUACAGUUACAAGGUAGCUUCAUCUUCUGUAAGUGCCUGAGUCUCCUUGCUAUUUUUUUGCCCACUUAUAAUAAUUUUGUUUUUUUUCCUGUUCCCUGCUAUUGUGUGAAAGACCCACUCAAACAGAAGCCAGGUCUUGAUACUGCAUCAGGAUCUGACACCACUGUCUCCUGCAGAUGUUCAGAAUCCCAUUGUACUAAUGGAGAAUUCUGUGGGAGCAAGUCAAAAUUGCCUGACUAUACCAGCAUAGUUGUGAAAAUUAUUUAAAGUGCUGUCAAUUACACAAAGUAAUGGGAGAAGAGAAAAUGGUUCCUCUUAUUAAUUUCUUGUUAAUAUUUAGGAUGUUUUUAAACAGUAGGUUAAAAAUUCAGAUAGUAGCCUCCACACUUCCAGGGUUGUUUUCAACUU